UUACAGACUUCCCCACCACAAUCGCAGCAGCAGCUAUAAAUUCUUAUGACAUUAAUGAAACUUCUUGCUAUGAAUCUAAGUCUAUAAAAACUGAGAUCUUACCUGUUCUUUCUGAUCAUAACAGACUUAAACAAGCGAAACGCCUACCAGGUUUACCGUCAUCUAAUUUUGGAUUGGAAAUUUUGAUGGGCAAAGAUGAAACCAUUGACUUUGAAAUUUCUUCUUAA